AUGGCUACCACCGAUCCCAGAUAUCACUCGUGGAGACGAAGAAGCGUAUGUCGGUGAGGUACCGAUUGUUCGUCGUCUCCAAGUCUCGACUGCGCUCCAUCUCCUCUCUUCCCCAGCUCUGCCCCCUCCAUCGAUGCCGUUGUCGACGCCAAACCGAGCUUGCCUCACCACGUCGGACUGCGCUCCAUCUCCAUCUCCUCUUUUCCCCAGCCCCGGCCCCUCCGUCGAUGCCGUCGCUGGCGCCGCCGAAUCGAGCUUGCCUCGCUGGACUGCGCUCCAUCUCCUCUCUUCCCUAGCCCUGGCCCCUCCGUCAAUGCCGUCACCAGUGGCUACCCGAGCUUGCCUCACCGUCCCCGCUGUCGUCCCGCGAAUCCACGAACCACGUCUUCCACUAGCUCGAUUUGGCGCGAAGCAAUUGGAUAGCGAACGCACUGUGCAACACAAGCAACAGAGUGCGUGAGCAUCGUCCGUAAUUUUAGCGUAUUCUUUACAGUUCAUUGCUGGAGAAUAUAGCGGAAAUUUUUUUAUCACUACAUUUAGCAUAUAGUAGGAUAUACAACCUUAACCGCCGGGAAGGGCUGGAGCCUGGAACUGGAGGCCGUCGUGACCUCCUGGACGAGCGGACGGCCAGGAGGGAGGCGUCACGUGGGCUUCAUCGUCGGCGCUCGUGCCGCCGUGCAUUCAGGCGGGCCGCGGCGUCAGUGCCUCUUUAUCACACCGCUUUGCUUUCGAUUAACGUUUGCGGUUUUGUUUGCGUUUUACUCCCCACUCAGGACCUCAUUUCAAUGACGGGUAGGCCCCACCAACCAGCAAAACAAAACUACUCCAAUGCUUCCUCAGCUCGCCCGCCGUGGCGCGCCACCACAUGCUGCUCCCUCAGCACCACCACCACCGGGAGCCCCCGCGCCGCGGAGGGCGCCGGCCGCUCCGUGGCGGCGUCGCCGGCCUUGCCUCGUCUCUCGCGGGGUGCCUACUCCUCGGUCUCGUCGCGACCGCGGCGAUGCUCUGCCUCUCCUCCCCGCCCUCCCGCGCGCGCCAGCAUGGUGGCAGCCGCGGGAUCGUGCCCGCCGGCGGCAGUGGAGCGACACCGAGGGUCACGAUCUUCUCCGCGCCGCGGCCGCCGCCGGAGGGCUCGCCCGCGCGGCAGGAGCUGGCGGCGCGCUCCUGGCUGGCGCUCCCGUGGAACGUCAGCGUCGUGCUCCUAGGCGCCGGCCCCGAGUCCGUCGCGCUCGCCGCGCGGCUCGGGCACCGCGUCACCGCCGAUGCCGCCAUCGAUUUUGCGUUCACGGGGACACCGUUCUUCCACUCAAUGGUCGCGAGAGCACAGGCUGCCGCCGACACCGACGUUUGCGUCCUCGUCGACGCCGAGAUCGUCCUUCUUCCCGAAAUUGUCAACGCGUUGGAUCGUUUCAGCAAGGUUGAUGGCGACUGGUUCCUCGUUUCUCUGUCACGUAACGUCACCGAUCCCCGUUACCAGCUCGCUGACAGUGGAAGCCAUUGGGUACAAGCAGACGGCAAAGAAGUGAGCUUUACGGAGCUGCAGGAGAUUCCAGCUGAGUGGUCAUCAUCGGAGGGCUCUGACAGAGGGCUGAUUAUGGCGUGGAACAAUCCAAGCAGUGCUUUACACGCAGGAGUUCUGCCUUCUUUUCUGUAUGGAAGAGGAGCACAGAAUUGGUGGCUGGCUCACGAGGUUCUGUCCUCUGAGAUGAGGCUUUUCUUUGAUGCAAGCAGUCUGGUUCUUGGACUGUAUCCUGAGAGCAUUAGCGCCAUGCAGCAUGUCAUGGCCUCGAGUAAGAAUGGCAGGUUACCUUCUGUAUCCUGGGAGUACGGCGUCAAUCACCAUCUUGCUGCGGUUUAUGGCUCGUAUUGCUGUCGAUCACCAGCGAGACGCUUUCCUAUGCUGCAUAGAGUGGUAAAGCAAUCUGAAGAUUAUAUGCUCAGCAAAGUUGACACACUCGUAUCAUCAGAUUUCUUCAUCAGUAAACAAGGAAAUGCCCAUGGAGUAGAUAGCCUACGGAAGAAACAAAACGUUUCUCUAUCUGGAUAUCUACACGGUUGUUCUUCCGAGACCUCAGCGCCUGACCUUCCAUAUUCUUUGAGCAUGCUACUCGAUCUUGUCGCUGAUGAGAAUGGUUCCGUUGUCCUUGGCGUGGCUGGAAAAAGCUACAGGGACAUGCUCAUGAGUUGGGCAUGCCGCCUGCGUCGUCUUAGAGUUACCAAUUUCUUAGUAUGUGCCUUAGACCAUGAGACAUAUGAGUUCUCAAUCUUACAGGGGUUGCCAGUUUUCAGAGACCCAUUGUCACCAACAAAUGUCAGCUUUGACGACUGCCACUUUGGAACGAAGUGUUUUCAACAAGUGACAAAAGUGAAGUCGCGGAUUGUCCUUGAGAUACUAAGACUGGGAUACAAUGUGCUGCUGAGUGACGUUGAUGUUUAUUGGUUUGGCAAUCCGAUGCCACUCCUGUACUCUCUUGGUCUUGCUACAUUCGGAGCACAAUCUGAUGAAUACAAUGAGACAGGACCAAUAAACUUGCCACGCCGACUGAACUCAGGAUUCUACUUUGCUCGCUCAGACAACGCCACCAUCAUUGCAAUGGAGAUGAUAGUAAAACACGCAGCCAGUUCAGGCCUAUCUGAGCAGCCGAGUUUCUACGAUGUCUUGUGUGGGGAGAACGGAACAAACCGGAUCGGUGAAGACAGAUGCUUGGAGCCCAACACGAACCUGACCGUUGUGUUCUUGGAUCGGGACUUGUUCCCCAAUGGUGCCUACAAGGGUCUAUGGGAGAAGCGUGAUGUACGAGCAACCUGCAAAGAGCUUGGCUGUUUCAUCAUUCACAACAACUGGAUAAACAAGAGGAGAAAAAAGGUCCACCGGCAAAUGGUAUCUGGGCUGUGGGACUACGAUCCUACCUCUAGGCAGUGCUUGCAGGAAUGGAGUGCUCAGAAUGAUGGGGCAAUUCCAUUUGUUUGAGGACACUGACAGUUAGUAGACUGGUUAACUUACCUCAUCCCCUGUUAUUAAAUUCGAAUAUUAUGUGAGGGAUUGAUCAAUACUUUCA